AUCGUUCCCUCCCAUUUUUUAUUAAUCGCCAUCCCGCGUUAUCAAUUCCCCAGACAUGCGAUGCUGUGAUUUUUCAACACGCGGUCCCCAGGAGUCCCAAUUCUUUCCCCGCGCCCUGCUCUUCAUCCCGGGUCGUUUUUCGACGGCGCCGAGAAUUUGGCGAGGGCUCCCAGAGGCCGAGAACGGCAACAAAAACAUCCCGCCGUAUUUUUUGUCCACGACGCGAGCAUGUUUGGGUCGCCCUGUUCCUGAGGACGGCGAGGACCGCGCGACCGCCUUCGCCGCGGCGGCGCUGGCCCGCCAGCAGGGCGACGCGGGCCAGGCAAGGCCUCUGGAGAGCUCGGCCGCGGGGAAGACGGAGUACCCGCUGUGCCUCGGCGCCCCCGAAGGGCAGACGUGCGUCCCCGGCGCGAACAACACGCCGAGCGACUCGAUGGUGUACUGCACCGCCGGGAAGUACAAGCUCUGGGGCCCGAGGCCUUGCUCGCCCCAGCACGGCCAGGGCAGCCACUGCGUGGAGACCGGGAUCGGCCUGCAGGUGGCGCAGUGCGACGAUCCCUUCUGCCGGAACGGCGGGGCCGUCCACGGCGAUGGGCUCUACUGCCACAGCGGUGCGGUCGUGAGGUGCGUCGGCGAGGACGCGCCGGUCGUCGUGGACGGCUGUUCCGAUCUCAGGUACCAGGUCUGGGGGAACUGCUGGAGGGUCACACAGAACCACUGCGUGUCGUACGCGGGCCAGGGACCCCGCUGCGAAUUGGGUGGCGCUUCCUGGUACGAGGGAAGCGAUUGCUGGAGAGUCUGAGGAGCCGCUCUCUCCCUUUCUCUCCAGAUCGCGCUGUGAGCCACACGUCUGUCCUCCUCCUGCUCCUCCUCCUCAUCCUUCUCUUCUUGAACGUGCCGCGUAAAGAGGCCGCCGCCGCGUUUGGCCUUGAAGUGCCGCAGGGGGCGCCAAUUGCGCGUCCCCGCAGAUUACAGUCAUGCAUGUAGGCACCAGAAGUCAAUUCAAAGCUCCAAGCGCGUUGGCCAUCACCCGAAGAGCGAUGG